AAAUCCCCAGGCAGCAGCGGGGGUUUGAACCCCAUCCCAGGAGAAAUGUUUCUCUUGGCUAUGGAUGUUGUGGUUGUCCGUAGGUGCUAGACGGUCUCUGACUGUCGAACGCGGAGGUACCACCCGGCGGAUCUCGCGGAGCCAGAAUGUGUGCAUGUUGCAUGCACACGUGUUCCCUCGCCAGAGUCCGUGUGGCGUUCCCCCUUUCCCCUGUAUCUCCCUAUAGCCCCACGGUACCCAAUGGGUGUUUAGGCCUUCGUGGUAGUUGGAGUAUAAAAAAGGAUCGACCAGAACGCCCGGCAGACGUGGUUACCGAGGAAAUCAUUCAAAAAGUCUACGACAUGUUUCGAUGAUCGACAAACGAAAGUGCGCGAAGUAGCAGAGGCCGUAGGUGUGCCGACCGGAACGGCAAUCAAUGGGUGCCGCGAUUGCUCACAAGCGAAAA